AUGAGCACAUCGUUGUCGGUUGAGGAACGGAUCAACGUUCAUACGCGUGAUGAAAUUUACUCGAAUGAUUCAUAUCCGGAUUCGUUGGAGUAUAGACAAACACCUGAGUUUCAACUUGAACGUAAUAUUUUGCGAUUGCAAGAACUGGAUUUGAGAAAACGAGAGCCAGUUCUGCUUAGAUGUUGUCCGUUGCAAAGAGGGGCAUUUAAAGAUCUGACGAGUGUGAUUCGAACUUCUGGUCUUCAUGAGUUGACAGAGGCUCGACGAGCAUUGCCGACAUCGAUGGAAUCCGAUACGGAUGUGGUUCGAUACGAUUUUGCUUCAGCGAGUGGACGACCAACAAAAAUUCUGCUAAAAAAUUCACCAAUUUUUCACGCUCAAUGGAGAGUUCUAACACCGAUGAAAAAAAUUCAAAUGCAAAAAUUGGAUGUGGAAUGCAUAAAGCCAGAAUUGAUAGUUUCACAAGUAGAUCCGUUCACUGCAGAACAAUGGCGAAUGCGAUGGGAGAAUGUUGCGCUGAGGAUAUCGCACGGUGUUCACAGUGCCUUCAAUCAACUGAUUAUCACAGCAAAUAAUUUCAUAACAAUUCAGCAUUUAUCAGCGCAUGUUGCAUAUGCCAGACGUUUCAAUACGCUACGUACGCUUGCACCUGUGCAGAGGAAACGAACGCUAAAAGCUAUCGAUCCACAAGUGAUCACUCUGCGAACGUUGGAUCAAGGCGAGACGAACACUGUCGAGAGGAUUUUCAUCGAGGGAGAACGUGAACAACAAGUCGAUUGUACUCAUAUUCAUCGUCGAACAACCACUACAGAAAGGUUUUAG